AUGGAAAAAUCAAGACGCAUUGUUAUCAUUGGCGCUGGAGUCUUCGGACUUGGAACUGCACUGACUCUGAAAGAGCAAGGAUAUACAUCCGUCACAGUUCUUGACCGAUCGAUGCCCCCAGUGCCGGAUGGCUCGAGCAACGACAUUUCCCGAAUAAUCCGAUUCGACUACGGAGAUGCUGUGUACGCUCGAAUCGCCAAGGAGGCCUUUGAUCUAUGGAAAACAGAAGAUUACUCGGAUGCAUUCUACGAAACGCCAGCUAUUUGGUUGACCCAAGACGCCGUCCCCGAUCAGCCAAUCCAACCUCGAGCUCAAGAUUACAGUCGGAAGACCCGCGACGUAUUAACACAGAUGGGCCAAGAGUGGCACACACUCAAGACCUUGGAUGAGGCCAGGACACGCUUUCCCGAACUCGAUAAGAACAUGAAUAUCCCCGGAUUCGACGCCUUCUACAAUACCAACGCUGGAUGGGCGGACGCAGGGAGAGCCAUUAGCCGUUUGGCCUCCCGAUGUGCUGCUGCAGGAGUGUCAUUUAUUACAGGCCCCAGCGGCCAGGUAACAGAUUUCGAGAAGAAUCCCGACAACACCAUCCGAAGCGUGAUGACUGCGAGCGGAACCCAAGUUCUGGGAGACAGCUUCAUUUGCGCCGCUGGAGCCUGGACGGCGAGUCUCGUUCCCGCUUGGAAUUCCAUGCUCGCAGCCGGGCAGGUGGUCGGGUAUUUGCGUCUGACUUCUGAAGAAACCGCACGGCUGAAGAAUAUGCCGAUCUGGUUUAACUUUUCCACUGGGUUCUUCUGUUUCCCUCCCCAUGAAGGGUCGGGAUACCUGAAGGCCGCUGUCCACGGGUUCGGAUAUACCCAGCAGAAUGAGAAGGCUGCCGUGUCUUCACCGUCCCCGUCAGCGGUCGCGUCGCGGGCUAAUUUCGUGCCGCCCGAUGGGGAGCGAAGACUGUUGGCGGGUAUGAAAGAUAUCUUUCCGGAGCUUGCCAAGCGCGGGUUCGAAAGAACUGGACUUUGUUGGUAUAACGACACUCCGACUGGCGAUUUUAUCCUUGAUUAUCACCCCGAACACCAGAAUCUCUUCAUUGCCACAGGCGGAAGUGGACAUGCGUUCAAGUUCCUGCCAGUGAUAGGUAAGUAUAUCGUUGGAAGCUUCGAUCGCAGUCUUCCGCAGGAAUUGUUGAACAAGUGGAAGUUUCCAACACAAUAUCGCGACCAGCGCCAAGAUGAUGUAUUUGCUGGGGAUGGGAGUCGCGGAGGACCGGAGAGGCGGGAACUCUCGGCCAGCGAACGAGCAGAUUUCAAUGCUGCUUUAGCUGCUUCCUCACGCCAAAGCAAAAUUUGA